CGGAUCAGGAGGAGGAAGGAAAAGAGAAGAAGGACCACCAGAGCUGCCCCGCCUUAGAUAGCCGGUUUCUGACGGUUCUGGGGUAAUCAAGAAGAAUUGUUGGGUCCAAUACCAUAGUGAACAAGCGAGGAAAGCAAGCGCAGACAGAGGCCCAUCAUGACUGGUCCCGAAUCCCGCCCAACUCCCGAGGCUUUUGAGCGUCGAAAGCGCAAAAUCCUUGCCGAAUUAUCCAUUCCUGACGCAGAGUAUACUGAUCUCUCACCCAAGGGGUCGGUGGAUGAAGGCAUCCGUGAGCUGAUCGAUGAUAUCAAUACCUUGCCCGGACUAGUAACCACUAGCAGCUGUGCAGGGCGGUUCAGUGUUUUCCUAGAGGGGAGAAAGAAACAGCAUCAGCAACAGUCGUCAGAAGUGCAGCAGAGACAAUUCGUACCUUCAGGGGGCAAAGGAGCUGGGAAAUGGCUGUAUGUGUCUCAUGACGCGUUGAAGGAGUAUGGAGAAAAGCAAGGUGAAGAAGAAGAUGAGGAAGAGGAGAACAACAAGAGACCGCUGCACCGCUUAUUCGGGAUGAUUCCUGGAGAUGGGAAACCGCCCAAGCUGGACGGAUCCGGUCAGGCCCCGCGUCUCGUGCGCUUCUCCUAUGAGCCGAUGAUUCUCCAUAUAAUGGCAGCGACCCUCCACCACGCCAACCCCGUCCUCUCCGCCGCCUCCAGCUCCGGGUUCCGCGAAAGCGGACUCCAGAGUCUUCGCUGUCUAGAUGCGGACGACGCGGACGGCCCCAGUCCCAUCGUCGCUGUCCGCUCCGCCGGCAUGGCUCUGGAGUCAGUCAUCGGGUACUGCGAAGAGAAGCAGGACGACGACGACGAGGAGGAGUCCGAGCCCGUCAUUCGCAGUUUGGUCACGGAGGAGUACCUGGAAAUGUUGAUCGCCAUCUCGAACGAACGGUUCGUCGUCAAUUCGGAACGCAAGGAACGCUUCCGGUCAAGUCUGGUGGAGAUGUGUUCCGCGGAUCAUGCUCCAGGCGCGAAGGCGAAGGGGAAAGCGAGGCCCGUGGGCUGGGAGGAUCCUGCUGCACGCAGGGAGAGGAUGAGGGCGGAAGGACUACGAAAGAAGCAGCAACAGCAGCAACUCGAACAGACGAGCCGAACAGAGGAAGGAGAUGGUGGUGCGAUUGGCAAUGUCGAUUUAUUCAUUGGAGACUAACCUUGGCGAUAUUCGAGAUUGACAGCAUAAUAGAAGCAAGAACAUGAAAAAUCAUGAGAUAUUAAGGCUUUGCCAGGCUCAAGAGAAUAAAAAAACAAGAAGAAAACAAGAAGAACGAUACAUUCAUAGCUUAAAGGCAGUGUACCCGUGUAGCAUGUGCUCUUGAACCGAUAGCACUUGAUGAAAUGACGUUCUGAAAUUCGUGCAG